AUGUUAGGACUGCGUCAGCUAUCAUGGAUCGAUGACCGUCUCCGCGAGGCCUUCCCGAACAAGAAUGAGGAGUUCUUUGGUGGUCUCAACAUUCUUCUGGUUGGCGACUUCUUCCAGCUCCCACCCCCCGUGCUACAGAAGCCGCCUGAUUACGAUAAAGAGGUGCAGGGAGUAGAGAUCAAAGGCGGGAACACGUAUAGACGCUUCGAUAAAUCGGUCUUCUUGAAGGUUGUCCAACGGCAUCGGGGCGACGAUCAGAAGGCGUUUCGCACAGCUCUCGGGGAAUUGCGGCUCCUCCAACUAUCGGUCGAGUCCUGGAAACUCCUUUCCACCCGAGUACAGGCAAAACUAGAUGAUCAAGAGGUCGCCAGGUUCGCCAACGCCUUAGGAGUAUACGCGACUAAAGAUAGGGUGAACGAAUAUAACCACUACCACCUCGACCGCCUCGACCGCCCAGUCAUUCAGGUCAAGGCUAAGAAUGUUGGGCCCGGCGCGGCUGCUGCUCCUGACGACAAUGCGGGCAACCUUGCGAAGCUGAUCCCCAUAUACAUUGGCGCCCGUCUGAUGCUGACGUACAACCUUUGGCAGCCAGUUGGCCUCUGCAACGGCGCACGAGUUACCGUUUACGACAUCGGCUGGGCGCCUGGGGCCGACCCCGUCCACGACUCUCCCUGUGUUAUCAUGAUGGAGUUUGACAAGUACAGCGGGCCGGUGUUCUUGACCACCGCUGAUGGCAGGAAGAUUGUCCCGAUUCUCCCUGCAGAGAGAGACUUCCUCAUCGGAGCCACUUGUUGCACUCGCACCCAGUUUCCCCUGAUUGUAUGCUACGCUAUUACCGUUUACAAGUCGCAAAGUAUCACUGAAGAUUUGAUUGUUACUGACCUCUCCUGCCGGGACUUUCAGACUGGUCUCAGCUACGUAGCUGUCUCGUGUGUGAAAACGCUCCAGGGCUUGAUGUUGGAUGCGCCAUUUGAUCGUAGUCACCUGUUUUAUGAGUCUCCCCCGGAUGGUAUGAAGAUGAAGAUGAGGGAUCAGCGUCAUAGGAGACAACAGGUUCUUACACGGAAUCCCUACAAGACAGACCAGAGUUCUGUAUAA